UCAGAAAGCGGCUCACCUCCGCUUUUAACAGUGGCCUCCUCCGCUCGCUCCCAACAUCUUCUAUUUCUCGCCUCUUGUUUUUCUUGUCUGCUUAAACUCUACAGUUUUUUUUUCGAGUUAAGAACUUUUGAUUCUUCGUUCAACCACACUCCCGAACACAAGUGCGUUUGCUUCAUUGCAAAGUGAAUACGAAUCCUUGUGUGUUUAGUUCAACUCCUUUCGUGAAUUCUGCCCAACAUUUAUUUCGAUUUCGAAUCGACAAUCCGAGCCAAGUGCCAAACAAAACUCCCAAACGUUUAGUUGCUUUUGCCGAUGGACAGCGGACUUCACUCGCACCAGCGUCCGUCAGUGGACUCAUCCAGCUCUCACUAUUCCAAGGCAGCAGGUUUGGCUGCCGUAUGUGAUGUGGCUACGCCUCUAUUGACUCCUCCGCAUACGCCUACUUCGUCCGAGUUGAGCAAGCACAGCUUCAACUUCGAGCAACAAACUAGCCCGACCGGCCAUCGUCUAUCGCCUUCCGCCGCAACGAGCAGAGCCAUGGAAGCCGCCGCCAAGUCUUUCCCAUUUUUCCUGCCUUUUGGUAUCCCCGGAUUGGCUGGUAUGCCAUUGCCGGCCGGUAUGUCUCACUUGGCCGUCCAUCAGUACGGCAUGAACAUGCGAGAACCGUCGGCUUUCCGACCUGUCGCUUGCCCGCCUAACCGUUCCUCGGAGCCGGCUGCUACUUCAUCGUCUCCGGCCAACAACAUGGCACCUUCCGUGCCUGCCGGAUCACCGACCGAAGCUAACAAUGCUGCCCGUUCUCCUUCCGUCGAGUCGGAUUUGGCUCGUGAUUACUCCAUGAAGAAGCGACCGGCUCCUUGUGACUCGUUUAGCUCCAAAGACGGACCAGUUGCCCCUCCUCAACCCGGUCGCCAACAGUUCCUUCCUCCUCACCACAACCAACAAGCCAUGCUCGAAGCUGCCGCCAUGCUCCAAGGCCUACAAUCCCGCAUCGACUUGGCUCAGUUGGCCGCUCAGGCAGCAAAGAACGCCAAACAGCAGGAGGGCAACGCGAAUCAAGCACAGGCCCCCAAUUCCAAUGGACAACAAGAUGCCUCGGCUGCACAACAGGCAGCUCUCCGUGGACUUCAAAACUCGUACGGACUUCAGAAUAUCCCGUUGUUGAUGGGCCCGUGGCUCCGCGCCGGCAACCUUCCGCCUUUCUACCCUGGACAGUACGACCCGCGUCUAUUCCGUGGACCUGGCCGUGCUUCUCGCCCCAAGAAGCAGUUCAUCUGCAAGUUCUGCAACCGCCAAUUCACCAAAUCCUACAAUUUGCUCAUCCACGAGCGAACUCACACCGAUGAGCGGCCGUACUCUUGCGACAUUUGCGGCAAGGCUUUCCGCCGUCAAGACCAUCUCCGUGACCACCGUUACAUUCACUCGAAAGAGAAGCCGUUCAAAUGCGCCGAUUGCGGCAAAGGUUUCUGCCAAUCGCGGACGCUGGCCGUCCAUCGCAUUCUCCACUUGGAAGAGUCGCCGCACAAGUGCCCGGUUUGUGCUCGCAGCUUCAACCAGCGCUCCAACCUCAAGACGCAUCUCUUGACUCACACGGACUUGAAGCCGUACGAGUGCACAUCGUGCAAGAAAGUUUUCCGGCGCAACUGCGACCUCCGCCGCCACAUCAUGACUCACUCGGUCGGCAGCGAAGGCAACGUGACAUUGACUUGCGUUCCGGGCGUCGAUGACGACGACAGUGCCGCCGACAGCAACGAUGAAAUCGACAUUGAUGUGGAGGAUGACACUGCCUCUUCGCCUGUCACAUCCGAUGCGGAGAGCGGAGUCUGUUCCUCAUCGCUGGACGAAGGGAAACUAUCACCGCAUCAUCACCAUUCGAUGACCGAUAGCAAAUUGCCCAAAAAGAGCGGAGGAUUCUCCAUCGACGACAUCAUGAGACGUUGAAAUGAAAAAUGAUUUCGUUUCAAUAUUUAACGUUUCCGGACGACCAUACGCACCAUUCCGCACAUCCUUUUUUUUUUUAAAUCCGUGAACGUUGGCCCAGCCCCAGCAAAACAGACCUGUCAUUUGUGUUAUAUGAGAAAAACGAUGGAGUUGCCGCCAGUCAAGUAUUUUGAUUGAGCUUCACUUUCUUUCUUGAUAUGCGGGUCUCCAGUGAUCUCUGCAUUGAUUUAUUCCUCCCCCUUCCGCCCUACCCCUAAAUACUCUUUUCAUUUUCUCCAUUUGAAUGAUUCCUUCAGAUCUAAAAACAAGAUAUCCCAAAACGAGCAUUCCUUGUCUCUGUGUGUUUUCUUUGAUGUUGAUGUUUAAUUUAUCUUUUUUCCCAGGCGCAUUCGCCAAGCGCCAUGUUAUGAAAAAAAAAGACAAAAAAAAAAAAGAUUUCUUCGUCAAUCGGUUUUAAUGUUUUUCUCUUGUCCAAUCAUCGCCCCCCUUUAGAAAUUAUUAUUACAUAAGAGACUACUACUACCACUAUUACUGUGCUAUCUUUACAUUUGAAUUUGAGACAUAUACAGCUGUACAUUCCCAUAGCAUACCCACCUUUUCAUUCUCGUAAAUGAGUUGAAAUAAUUGAGAUUGUACAGACUCUUUAUGUGUUACAAUCUUUUUUCCGAUGUUUUCCAAAUUUUGCUUUUCAAAAACCAAUUUUCGUGUGUGUCUCUAAUGUCCUGCUCUUUCUGAUGUGGAGCAAGGAAGAAAAUUGAUUGAAAAAAAAAAAGAAUUAUUACAAAAAUUUAAAAAUA